GGCCAAUGGGGCCAAGAGGUUUUCCUGGAGCAGCGGGUCUUAUAGGUCCGCCAGGUUUACACGGUGAGUCUGGAAUGAAAGGAAAUCGUGGAGGACCUGGAACUGCGGGACCACCUGGACCACCUGGAGCAGUCAUUAUGUGUGGCAGAGAUCCCUUCGCUCCUGCUCGACAGGAUGUUCAAACCACUCAGAGGAGCAUUGUUAAGUUACAAUUCGCUAUUAAGUACGACUUUGUCCGAAGAGUUGGUCAGAAGUACUUUGUGUCCUACAAGGAGAGGGGUUCUUUCUCCAGGGCUGUCGACUUCUGCUCCCAACAAAGCUUAGAGCUGGCUCUGCCCCAGAACGAGGAGGAGAACAACAUACUGACUCAGGUGUUUGGGGAUGUUCACAAGAUGGCCUGGAUCAGUGUCAACAUUAACAAAACAGAGGGGAAAUUUGAGACUGAUAUGAAAAACCGGCCCCUGACCUUCACCAAAUGGGGAGCAGGGCAACCAGACAGAUCCAUUGGGGAUACAGGCUGCACCAUGCUGUCAGAACAUGGUGUUUGGCGACUGACACAAGAAUGCUCCCUGAAUGCUUACAUCGUUUGUCAAAAUUAGAAGGGUCAUAGAUCCCCUUCCAGUCUUUCUUCGUUAAAAAGUUGGACACAUGUCCCAUGUUUGUCUCAUCUUAGAUGACAGUAAUGUGUAAAUGUAGUUGGGAAGAAAGACAGGGAGUUUAACAGUUAUCAUUAUUAUUCAAGUAUAAUUGCAUUAGCAGCAUGACUUUGUUAUUAUUGUUGCACAGAUUUCUGUAUGAAAAAGAACUUAAGUAAGCCAUAAAUGAAAUACUCUAC